AUGUCUAAAUCUCUCCUUUCAAUACAGUCUCAUGUGGUCCAUGGAUAUGUUGGAGGUAAAGCAGCUAUCUUCCCACUUCAGUGUCAAGGUUGGGAAGUUGAUGGGAUAAAUACGGUGAAUUUCUCGAACCAUACUGGUUAUGGUUCCUUCAAGGGAACUUCCUUGAAGAAGCAGGAAAUUGAAGAUAUUUUUGAAGGUAUAUCGAAUAUCGGAGUAGAGUAUAAUGCAAUUAUCUCUGGAUAUGUACCAAAUGAAGAACUAAUCGCAUCAAUAGCAGCUUACGUAAAAUUUAUGAAGUCUUCUUCGAGCUUGCUUUAUUUAUUGGAUCCGGUCAUGGGAGAUCAAGGCUACCUUUACGUCGACAAAACUUGUAUCUCACAAUACAAGAAGUUAUUGUCUACUAAAAUUGUUGACAUAAUAACCCCUAACCAGUUUGAAUUAGAAUUAUUAUGUGAGAAAAAGGUACAAACUGUCGAUGACUUGAAGUGGUGCGUUAACCACAUUCAUAAGACAUAUGGAGUCAAGUAUGUGGUAGUUUCCAGCUUGACAGAUUUGGAAGGUCUUCAAAGCGAUUACAUAUACUGCGCAACCUCAACUGCAUCUUACGACAACUCAAUCAACUUGUUUAAAAUACCCAUCAUAAAGUCAUAUUUCACUGGAGUUGGAGAUUUAUUCAGUGCUUUACUUUUAGAUAAAGUAUACUCCAAUUUACAAUCAAACCUGUACCGAGAAGGCGAUAAAGGCUUGCUUGUACAUUCUGUGAAUCAAGUGUUAACAAUAAUGACCAAAACACUCAAAUUAACGCAUUCUUUGGGAUUGAAAGCAUUUAAUAACGACAAAGCUAGUCGGUCGUCAUCUAAAGUGGGUAAAAUAAACGACGGUGAUUCAAUGAAGUACUUUGAGUUAAAGAUCAUACAGUCAAGAGAGUUUUUCAGUUAUGAGGGUAAAGGAGAAUACUUUCCGUUAGAACUUGAUUCGAUAUUACAGUAG